GAGGAUUCGCAGCGCUUUGGUUGAGGGAUGUGGCGCGGGACUUCCGAAGCGCAGCAGGCAGGACACUCUCUGAAAAUGCUCCUUCGCUGGGCCGGCUUCCUUCUCCUGCUUCUGAUCUCUGAGCCGUCUGCUGGUUUUUUCAGCUGGAUGAUCCGAAGAGCAACCCCAGAGAAUCACCCGGUUGCCCCAACAGCUGCUCCAGAUCCAAGAGAGCACCCGCCUGUUCCUUUCGAGAUGACUACAGGGGAUGAGCGGUUCUUAGCGGAGACUCGACAUUUGGAUCUGACGCCCCUGGACUCCUGUCACUACCAGGUUAUUUCACAGCUUCGGGCGUCUUGCACGGACCUGUCGGAGGAGGAGCUGGCCAAACUGGGCGUGUCCCUGUUCAACUGCCAGGCCGGCGUUGAAGGCCGCCGGACUUACCUGUGCACACAGGGCAUGACUUUGGCCGAAUGCACGGCAGAGAUGGACCCAGACACCUGGAACGCCUACCACAUUGUGAGCAACCGAGCCAGAGCCGUCUGCUACACAACCCGCCAGAUGCAGUUCAAACGCCAGACAGAGCAUACGGUUAACUCCCUGGUCUCCACUGCAGUCAGCCAACUAGAAGCGAUGAAAAUACUCAAGAACGGCCAGGAGGAGCUGAAGGUUCUGACGUCCGAGUCCCUCCAGAACGUGGUGAGCAGCCAGCAGGAGCUGCUGCUCCAGCAGGCCAAGCUUCAAGGCAGCCAAGACCAGAUGGAAGAGGCCAUCCACGGCAACCUGGGCCAGUUGGCUCAGGAGAAGGCGCUGAUUGCCAGCGGGCACCAGCAGGUGGCGCAGCUGAUCGAGGGCAUUACCAAGAGAAUGGAAAAUGUCAGCCAGCAUCUGGACAACCAAGAUGUGGAUCUGCAAGAAGGGCACAGAGCCAUCCUGAAGGACUUGACCCAAGUCCAAGAGCGUGCGCAGGAGGUCUACUCCAAACUAGAGACCAAUUUGGACCUGUUCUUGGCCUAUCAGAACCAAACGGCUUUGUACUAUGAGGAGCUGAUGGGGAAGCUGCAGAAGAUGAACCAAAGCUUGGGGCUGGUCCUGUUCGCCAUGGACCGGAUGCAGAGCAGCGUGGAAGGGCGGCUUCAGCACCUCCAGAGGUUCAUCAAUUGGGCAGGGUUCAGCCUCAGCUCCAUCUAUACCUGCGUCUUACAUGGCAGCUACUUCUUGCUGGCCGCGCUCAUCAUGACCUUCCUGCAGAUCCCCGGCCUCCCGCGGGCCGUGCUCCUCGUCCUGGUGGUGGCCAACGCCCUCUCGGAACUCAACCACGCGGCCUCCUUGGGAUUCAGGUCGCUCACUAGCCUGUUAGUGCUGGCAGUUACAGGUGAUAUUCGGAGAUGUGGUCCCAUGGAUCCGAGGAUCCCAGGCCACCUGGGUUUUAAAGGUGUACACCAAGACCUGAUCUGGAACACAACUGGCAGCCAAUGCCGUUGGCCAAGCGUUGGGGAUAUGGGCAAUCGUGCUGGGGUCUCGCUGAGGACCCUCUCUGCUAUAUUCAGGACCAGCGGUGAUUUCCGGAGCAACUACAAGGGAAGCCCAGUGUAG